AUAUAUUCACGGAAUUGGGUAGAGGCAGACAAACAAACGCGCUCGAGUGUUUCAAAAGUGAUUGCCUACUUUUUAAAAAAAUUUGUUUAGCUGCAGCCCCGUUGAAAAUUUUGACAGCUCGCAGUUCCUUUUCUACGUGACAGCGCGCAACAAGCACAAGCAACGCAAAGCCGGCAUCAUUAUCCCACGUUCUAAAACUUCUGGUUUUUAUUAGCAAAAAACUGAAUCAGUAUAUACAGCAAAACCAGAGCGCGACAGUUGAUUAUUUUUUCUGAAGCGCAUUUCAAACUUCAUCGGCCACCAACGGCAAAGCGGCAUAGAGAAAAAGAGGAGCAACUAACGAGCAAAUAAAAAUACGAAUCGACUACAAAACCAAUCAACUAACAACUAUGGACGUAAGAAAAUAUUUGGGUUUGUUGGCGUUGAUGCUACUCUCGCUGUUGGCGCUCUACAGUAGUCCGGUGGAGGCGUGCAGUUGUAUGCCCAGCCAUCCUCAAACACACUUUCGCCAUGCUGACUAUGUUGUCUUAAUACGCGUGAUGCGCAAGUCAUAUCGUUUGGUUGAAAACAACAUCGUCUACAAAGUGGAAGUGAAGAGGUCUUAUAAGAUAGACGAGUUCGGGCAAAAAAUGCUGAAACACGGCCGCAUUGUGACACCAAAUUCCGAUGCUAUGUGUGGCGUAAACUUGGACAUUGGCAAGCUGUAUGUGAUUGCUGGUAGGGGUCCUUAUUUGAAUAGUUGCAGUUAUGUGAAGGAGUAUCAGAAAAUGUCGGUGGUGGAAAGACGAGGCUUUGCGGGUGCCUAUUACAAGGGUUAUAAAUGUGCGAUUGAAACCUGUUUCGGCGACUCCUGCUUGGAAGAACACCAAUCUGCAACAGCCUGCAAAUGGUCACCAUUCGCUAAGUGUGAAACAGAUUUUAGUGCCUGCAUCCCUUCGCGUUACCGCACACCCGAAGGCAUCAUCUCCAAGUGCCAUUGGCGAAGAACGCCGGCGUACAAAAAGUGCAUGGCCGAUCCAUAAGAGAGCCGAAGAAAGAGGCUUUGAGGAAAUAAACAACAACAACAACAAAAA